CACAUCGAACUGCUCGGCCUCCGCGCGCCUGCGCCAUUGGCCUGUCAGGCAGAGGCGGCGGCGUGGGGAGCGCUGGGAGCGGCCGCGGCGUGCAGGGAGCUGAGGUUUAUAAAAAUGGAGUUUCAAGCUGUAGUUAUGGCCGUUGGUGGGGGAUCUCGGAUGACAGAUUUGACUUCCAGCAUUCCCAAGCCUCUGCUGCCAGUUGGAAACAAACCUUUAAUUUGGUACCCGCUGAACCUGCUUGAGCGUGUUGGAUUUGAAGAAGUCAUCGUGGUUACAACCAAAGAUGUCCAAAAGGCUCUGUGUGCAGAAUUCAAGAUGAAAAUGAAAGCAGACAUUGUGUGCAUCCCUGAUGAGGCUGACAUGGGGACUGCAGAUUCCCUACGCCACAUACAUCCAAAGCUUAAGACAGAUGUGCUGGUCCUGAGCUGUGAUCUGAUAACAGAUGUCGCUUUACAUGAGGUUGUGGACCUGUUCAGAGCGUAUGAUGCAUCACUUGCCAUGUUAAUGAGAAAAGGACAAGAUAGCAUAGAGCCAGUUCCAGGUCAGAAGGGGAAAAAAAAACCAGUGGAGCAGCGUGACUUCAUUGGAGUGGACAGCACAGGAAAAAGGCUGCUCUUUAUGGCUAAUGAAGCAGACUUGGAUGAAGAGCUGGUCAUUAAGGGAUCCAUCCUGCAGAAGCACCCUAGAAUACAUUUCCAUACGGGCCUUGUGGAUGCCCAUCUCUACUGCUUGAAGAAAUAUGUUGUGGAUUUCUUAAUGGAAAAUAGAUCAAUCACUUCUAUCCGAAGUGAACUGAUUCCAUACCUAGUAAGAAAACAGUUUUCCUCAGCUUCCUCACAGCAGAGGCAGGAAGACAAAGAAGAGGAUCUAAAGAAAAAGGAGCUGAAGUCUUUAGAUAUUUACAGUUUUAUAAAAAAAAGCAGCCCUCUGACCUUGGCUCCCUACGAUGCCUGCUGGAAUGCUUUUCGAGGAGACAAGUGGGAAGAUCUGUCUAAAUCACAGAUCCGCUGCUAUGUCUACAUCAUGAAAGAAGGACUCUGCUCUCGAGUGAGCACACUGGGGCUCUACAUGGAAGCCAACAGACAGGUGCCCAGAUUGCUGUCUGCUCUUUGUCCAGAGGAAGCAAUAAUCCAUCCAUCAGCCCAGAUUGCCAGCAAACACCUGGUUGGAGUUGACAGCCUCAUAGGGCCAGAUUCACAAGUUGGAGAGAAGUCAUCCAUCAAGCGCUCAGUCAUUGGCUCCUCCUGUGUCAUACGAGAAAGAGUGACCAUUGCCAAUUGCCUUCUCAUGAACUCAGUCACCGUGGAAGAAGGGAGCAGCAUCGUGGGCAGCGUCAUCUGCAACAGCGCCGUGAUCGAGAAGGGCGCAGACAUCAAGGACUGUUUGAUUGGAAGUGGACAGAGAAUUGACGCCAAAGGUGAGCAACACCCAAGUUGUGGAAGCCAUUUUUAUCUGUCACAUUAGCACAGAUAAUGCUUA